AUGGCAUUCUACGAAGCGUUGCCAUCACUACCUAACAUCAAUACUUAUGCCUAUCCUAUCGCCCCGCAACCAUAUGAGAGCCCCUCCGAGUCAUACUCUGAAUCCUCUAGCCCGGAUACAUAUGUAAGUAAGCCCGGCUUCUCAUACGAAUUACUGUGGCGGCAUAGAACAGCUUUAACCGUGUUGCAGCAUAUGAGACAAAGCGUCAGCCCUUCUGAACCCUCUCCCUACGUGAUAUCGUACGGGAGCCCUCAGAUCCCAUUCUAUCCAGCACAGGAGAAGAUCCCGCUGGAAUACAUCGACUCCACUUCACUAGACAAUGGAGACCAAAGGGAGCGAAGAUCAACCCAGAAGGGCCCUGUCACUUCCAUGCACUUGCGACGUCGAGCACAAAACCGUGCUUCUCAACGGGCAUUCAGAGAACGAAAGGAGAAACAUGUCAAGGGCCUUGAAAGCCAGCUACAGGCCCUUCAUGAGCAGCACCAGAGUCUUCUUCAGUCAUACAAUUCCCAGGCCAACGAAGUCGAAAGCUUAAGGAAGAAAGUCCAGGAGCUCAUGAAAUUACCAAAUAAUGUGCAUAAUGUGCAAUUUACCGAUCCUUCCACGUCCCCAGUUUGCACAAGCAGCACCAGCGCCAGCCAAGGAUUCACUACACCAAACAAGUACGAAAUGGCUACCUUCCCGGCGAGUUCAUACCCAACUCCUACUCCUGAGCCGUACUACGACAAAUCAAUCCACACCACCGUUGCGUGA